UACAAGUCCUGCAAGAUUUUUUUUAAAAGGAGAUAAAAAACUCACAAAAAGCAAAACAUUUGUUUUCUCUUGUGCUUCAGCGCUGCAAUGAAGGAAUUUACGGAUUUGUCCUGAAGACUUGCAGACCCCAGAACAUGAGGUGUUGGCUGACUUUCUGCGUCGACUGAAACUCGGGGGAAAUCGGAUUCUCGUCUAAGGAGGAGGAAGAAAUAUUUUUACAUUAAAAAACAUAAAUCUGAACUUAGAAAAAUGGAUAAUACUCCGACUAAUUCAGAGAAAUCCCAUCUGAUAGACGAGAAGAGCGCGAAGAUGUAUUCCUUAAAAUUACAAAGCUCCUUUGCAGACUCCAAAGAGCACUACCAAGACUUCCCGUUAAAAAACGGAGGAAUGUCCGGUGCUAUGGAGCUGAAGCGGCACGUUGGUGCACACUGCCAUUUACCCAAAACUCUGGUUGGCGAGGAAAGCGGUGACAAGCAGCUAGCCAAGAAGAAACUCUACAUCGCUUCUGCAGUCUGCCUCGUCUUCAUGAUUGGAGAGGUCAUCGGAGGUUACCUGGCUCACAGCCUGGCCAUCAUGACCGAUGCCGCCCACCUCCUCACCGACUUUGGGAGCAUGAUGGUGAGCCUGUUCUCCCUGUGGAUCUCCUCCAGACCGCCCACCAAAACCAUGACCUUUGGCUGGCACAGAUCAGAGAUCCUGGGAGCGUUCAUCUCCGUCAUGUCCAUCUGGAUCGUGACAGGAGUGCUCGUCUACUUAGCCAUCGAAAGGAUUGUACGCAACGACUAUGAGAUCGAGGGCCAUGUAAUGCUGAUCACUUCUGGAUUCGCCGUCAUUGUAAAUAUUAUCAUGGCCUACAUCCUUCACCACUCCACCACGCUCCACCCUCAUGGCAGAGGAUACCAGCAGAUUGACGAGGACGGCCAGAGCCCCGUCAGUCAUGGCCACGCCCACACGCUCCUCGGUAGCCACGACAACACGAGCGUCCGCGCCGCGUUCAUCCACGUUCUCGGCGACCUGCUGCAGAGCAUCGGCGUCACGGUGGCAGCGACCAUCAUCUACUUUCGGCCAGAAUAUAAAGUUGCAGAUCCCAUCUGUACAUUCCUGUUCUCCAUCUUCGUCCUUUUCACCACCCUCACCAUCCUCAGAGAUGUCUUCAGGAUACUCAUGGAAGGAUCGCCUAAAGGAAUCGAGUUCAACUCUGUGAAGGAAGUGCUGCUGACUGUGAAAGCUGUGAAGUCUGUUCACUCUUUACACCUGUGGGCUCUGACUCUGGGACAGUCGCUGGUUUCUGUUCACCUGGCAAUAGAGGAAGGCGCCGACACGCAGUCGGUGCUCCAGGAGGCCACAGAGCUGCUCUGCAACAAGUUUGGUUUCCGGAACAUCACCGUCCAGGUGGAGCUUCACUCUGAAGAGAUGAGCCACUGCUCCCACUGCCAGGACCCCAGGGACUGACCUGCAGACCCCAUUCAGCUGGACCCAAACGGACCCACUCAGAGACACACUCACAACAUUUUCCACAGGUCGGGCUUCACUGCUGACAGUUGUGCCACAUUCAUCCUGCAGCUUCCUGGUGAAGGAGUCAAAUCAGCUUUUUUGGCAGAUCAAUGUGUUGGACAGAAAGUUACAAAAACUUAGACAGCAAACUCAUCCAUGUGUUGGUAAAACAUGCAGAUGGGGCUCCAUGCUAUCGGUCAGUCCUCAAGUUUAGAGCUUCACAUUUGCUUUUCACCUCAUUAAAAAACAAUUUCACAAACAGACAGUGGAGAACACAGCUAACUAAAAAUAAAACCUAAACCUGCAGCACUGGUUCAGCUAUGCAGAAGCUAAUGAGGAAACGCUAAACUUAACUGCUGCGUAAAAAGUUUUCACUCACUAACUAAACUAACCCAAAACUUAAACACAUGUCAAACAUUAUUCAACUGAAAGUUUACAAAACUAAAUUAGUGCUUUAGAAUUUAUCCCCAGAAAAUUAUUCAGCAGAAACUAAGUGAGCUAAAUGUUUUCAAAGUUAUCUAAAAUGCUAAAGAGCUAAACAAAAAACUAUUAUUAAUGCUUUAGUUAAUUAGCAUAAGUGUGCCCACCACUGAAAAACACUAAUAAUAAAACACAGAAAGCAAAAUAUCCCAUAAGAAAAACCAUUAGUAGAAAGAAAGUGGUGGAUAAUUUUAACUAGCUCAGCUGUAUGCAUCGAUUUAAAGUAAAGAAUCUACAGCUUUUAGUGCAAACAUAUAUAAAAAAAACAACCUCUUAGUGCAAGCUGAGAAACAGAAUGUAUGUUAUCAAAUAGAAACUUUUAUGUUGCUCUUAUGAGUGUCACUUUUCCACUGCCAACUGUCCAGACACAAACGUCUCGUCAAUGGAAACCACUGCCUGAUAAUAUUUAUACACCAGAUUGUUGGAGGUACCACUAAGUUCCAGACUUUGAUGAGACACUCGUACUUUUUUCCUUUGCUUUGAAUCAUUGCAAUAAGGUUUUAUUGUUCCAGAAAAAUAAAACCCAGUAGAUCUGCUUGUUCAUUAGUAAAACCUGCUCUCAAAUUUUGGAGAACACAGUAAAAAAUGUCUUUAAGACGGUUUGCACUGAUAUUUUGUUAUCUACAUACAGAGUUCCAACAGAAGCCAUACAAAGUGCUGAAUCCAAAGGUUAUUUUUUUAUGCAAAGUAAAGAAAGAAUUAGAAACAGAAAAGUUGUUGGUGAAAUAAGCUCGUAACCAGAAGAUGAACCUGAAACGUUAUUCAUCGCAUGGAGCAUCUGAUGAUUUACACAUGGAUGAAUUUGAUGUUUGAACACCGACAGUCAUCUACCAACAAUAAUGUCUUCAUGUCUGUUUUUGUCUGCUUUCUGCUGCACAUUGGACAAAAUUUGCAAAGUCAAAAAUCAAUUUCAGAGCUCAUAAAUGUUUGUUUACAUUUGACGUUAUGAUGGCAGUGACCAAAAAUGGUUCCAAAGUUUCUGUUAAUGAGGAAAAAAAGUUUAAAUCUGCUUAUUGCAUAGAUGUGGUUGGUACCAUAUAAAUACAGAUACCUUCCUGAGAUCAAUCACUGUGAAUACUAUCUAUUGGAAGAAACUUUGCAUCUAUGCACAGCUGGUACCACAGAACCAGUCCUUGGUUCUCAGUUUUUGCUAAGAGCAUAGUUUUUUGGGCAAUCAUCACAGAAUGUGUGUAAAAAAAUUAAAGAUUUUUAUAUAAACUAUUCAUUACUGUCCAAGUGCCAAGGGUUCUGCGUGACGAUCCCUACUCUAAAUCCCUCUCUUUGUUCCUAAACGUCUUUUUUGUCUAACAUUUCCCUUAAAUAACAUUUGAAAAUGCUUGGCUUCAGAGUUUGAUCCCCAGUGAAAUGUAGCUUUUCAAUCUAAUUCAGGUUGUUUUAGUGGCAAUUUUUAAUCAAUUUAGUUCAAAUUUGACAAUUAAUUAAGUUUAAAAUAACACUGAAGCCUGAUAUUUACUAGCACUGUGGAGUUCAUCGAAAUAUAGAGGAAAGAAAUAAAAACUGAAGAAAAAUCCAUCACAGAUAGAUAAAAAAUGGAAAUAAAACUCCAGAAGGUUGAUUAAAC